GUGACUUAGCUCAGUUUGGCCAAAAAAGAAAUUAAAAAAAAAUCGACCCAAAAAUUAAAGACGAGUUGAUUUUUUCUUAAUGAUUUUCUGGACAUUUUUGUGGAUGCAAAUAUUUUCGUCUUCCCGGCCGAAAGGUUUCCCACAAGGCAAUGGGCAAUUUUGUUCAUAGAUUGACUUGCUUGGAAGUGGCAACUGUAUUUGAGCUAUGAACAACAUCCGAACCUGUUCUUCUGUAUUUUGUUCAUAGCUUGACUUGCUUGGAAGUGGCUCCGGUGAAACUUCAGGCGAAAACUAUAUAUUACGGGACCGACUCUGUUCUUCUGCUUCCCAUGUGCUAUUGUUUCUAAACUAAUGGAGAAUGAUCUUUGUAGCUCGGCCCUCACUUGUUCUCAGACCCACAUGGAGUUUCUCUCUACAUCUCAGGACAUCAAUCUCUCUCGCAACUUCGACCUCCUGCUUACAAUCCCGUCAUACACCGGCGUCGUUUCUAAAUCUAAAGCCUCUCAAUUCCGAGAUCUCAAACUGUAUGAGAAAUGGUUUAGUAGAAGAAGCCCAGAAACUGUUCGACGAAAUGGCUCAAAGAAAUGUUGUGACUUGGAAUGCUAUGAUUCGAGGGUACUUCUUGAACGGGCGGCGUGGUGAUGCGAUUAGCUUAUUUCGUCGAAUGCCCGAGCGUGAUGUUUUCUCUUAUAACACCGUGAUUGCUGGGCUGAUGCAAUGCGGGGAUGUGGAUGGUGCAAAAGAUGUUUUUGCUGUAAUGCCGUUCGGAGAUGUUGUGAGUUGGAAUUCAAUGAUUGCGGGAUAUAUUCGGAAUGAGUUACUCGAGGCAGCGGUUCAGCUGUUCGAUAAAAUGCCUUUGCGAGAUGUAAUUUCUUGGAACUUGAUAAUUGGCGGGCUUGUAAAUUGCGGCCGACUUGAUUUGGCUGAAGAGUAUUUCAAUAGAAUGAGCAGGAGGGAUCUUGUGUCGUGGACCAUCAUGAUCUCGGGGCUUGCGCGUGCAGGACGUAUAGAUGAAGCGAGAGAGCUAUUUGAGAACAUGCCCGUGAAAGAUGCUCGAGCUUGGAAUGCGAUGAUGGCCGGGUAUAUAGAAAAUGACCAGAUUAAAGAGGCAGAGGAGUUGUUCGAGAAAAUGCCUGAAAGGAACUUUGAUUCUUGGAACGAUUUAGUGAAUGGGUUGGUUGGAAGCCAAAGGGUUGAUGAUGCUAGGAGGCUGUUUAUGGAUAUGCCAGAGAAAUGCCAAAAAACAUGGAACAGUAUUGUGCUGGCGUACAUAAGAAAGGGACUGGUAAAAGAAACUCAUGCAUUUCUUGAGAAAACCCCAUAUGGUAAUAUAGUUUCCUGGACUAAUCUGAUCGUGGGAUAUUUUGGGAUUGGUGAAGUUGGGAUGGCUGUGAAAAUUUUUGAAUCGAUUCUGUACAAGGAUGCAACUGUGUGGAAUGCUACAAUAUUUGGAUUAGGAGAAAACGAUCAAGGUGAGGAAGGUUUGAAGCUUUUCACUAGAAUGAUAAGGUUAGGUCCACAUCCUGAUAAAGCUACAUUUACGAGUGUUCUAACAAUCUGUUCCGGCCUGGAAACUUUGCAGCUUGGUAAACAAACACAUGCACUUGUUCUAAAAGCGGGAUUCAAUGGCUUUGUUGCAGUCUCGAAUGCUAUGGUUACUAUGUACGCAAGAUGUGGAAACAUGGACUGUGCUUUGAUAGAGUUCUCUUCCAUGUCAACCAGGGAUGUGAUUUCUUGGAAUUCUAUAAUCUGUGGGUUUGCUCAACAUGGAAAUGGUAACGAAGCUCUGGAGAUGUUUGAAAAAAUGAGAUUGGCUAACGUAGAACCCAAUCAUAUCACCUUUAUUGGUGUUCUGUCUGCCUGUAGCCAUAACGGUCUGGUGGACCAGGGUAGGCACUACUUCAAUUUCAUGAAAAACAUGUGUUCUAUUCAGCCAUUAAGUGAGCAUUACACGUGCUUAGUUGACUUGUUUGGGAGAUUUGGGCUUAUCAAUGAGGCAUUGAGUUUUCUAGUCGAAAUGAAAGCAGAAGGAAUUGAAAUUCCUUCAAGCGUUUGGGGGGCUUUGCUUGGAGAUUGCAGAAUCCACAAGAAUUAUGAUGUAGGUGUGAUUGCAGGUGAGAAGGUCCUGGAGAAGGAGCCUCAUAACUCUGGAGUGUAUUUGAUUUUAGCAGAAAUGUACUUGAGAGGUGGGAAAAGAGAAGAUGCUGAGAGGAUAUUGGCAAGAAUGAAGAUUAAUGGAGUUAAGAAACAACCAGGGUGUAGCUGGAUUGAGAUAAGUAAUAGUGGGCAUGUCUUUCUUUCUGGAGAUCGUUCAAAUCCACAUUUUGAUAGAAUCUGUUGUGUUGUAAAGUUAUUGAAUCUGGAGAUGGAAAAUGAAAUUCUAAAAUGAGAGAAGCCGAGUUCCAAACAGCAUAAUGUUUAAUAGUGCAUGUCUAGAUUGGUUUCACAGCAACAUAAGUGAAAAAGGUGUUGCUGGCUGUUACUAGAACUUCAUUGGUCUCAAGUUUUCAAGUUCAAAACAUCUCAGGCUACAUGGAUAUAAAGUAAUUCAUGUUAGCGAGGAAGUUGAUUCCAAGCUAUAGUAUGAACAAGUAACCCAUUUGCAUUGAUGAGCAAUUUGACACAGCACCACAACGAUACUUCUAUCCAAUGCAAGCAUCGACUCAAGGCUUAUAUUUGGCCUACUGGAAGGUUUAUGACAUGCCAGAUAUCACCCGAGAGAUUGGUCUCUUGUUUCUAGGGAGUUUUCUUUGACAUGAAACUGCUGCCCCUGUUCACCGUACCACUCUUUCCAACUUGACGACGUUUAUUAUCCGCAGCAUCCUUGGACUUCCUCGUGGUAAUUGGAUUUUCAUUGCCACUGUGGCUAGCCAUGAUCUUACACUGUGCGUGUCUGGACUGAACUGAAUUGUGGUUCUUCAAAACUGAUGGUUUUUCUGUUGUUUUUCUGUUUUUCUUCCCUAUCAUUAUAUCAUUUUCUGAAAAGGAUAUUGAAAGCUUCAAUCAAUAAAAUGAUAUUCACAA